AUGGCGUCGUCGACCGCGGCUGACAAGCCGGCCAACACGCCAUCCAAUGAACAAGUUCAGUUCGCUCGCAGUGUCUACAUUAUCCUGGAGCUCUGGCCAGCUCUUCGCCAAGCCGUGUUAGAACAAUGGGGCGGCGAAUAUUCAGAAGAAAAGCGCGAAUUUCUCUUAUCUUACGUGUGUGAUGAAUAUGGUAACGGCGGCGCCAAUACAAAGCCUGACCUGGACGACCUGACAGAGCUGAUCGAAAGUUAUGUUAUGGAAGAAUUUGAUUGUGAGCUCGAAGACGAUAGCGCUGCACUUGUGGCGGGACACAUUUGCCUGGCUCAUAAAGGCGUAUUUAUCGACGGUAAGGGUGACGAGCUAUUAAAAGAGCUAGAGGCUACGUUGGUUCGCAUAAAGCCAAAGCAUGCUCCUAGCGCUGUCAAGAAUGAUGUGGAAACCCUUGAUAAUGACGAAGUGGAUGAAAGAGAUAUGCAUGAAUCCACGAGCUCAUCGCAUCAGACGCACGCACAUGCAUCACCACAACCGACUCAACCUAUUAUCGAUGAAGAUGGGUUUGAGACUGUGCAACCGCGGCGGCGUCGCUAA